AGACCAUAGAGUUUUGAACGAUGUAAUGAUGGAUCUCUAAAAUUCAUUCGUUCAAUUACGGUUUGGAGUUUGGAUUGUUUUUAUUUAUCGGAGUUUUUCUAAUAUUUCUUUCGAAUUCGAAAAAGUGCUAAGAAUGUCUUCACCGACUGAGGAGAGCGUCCGCCGUAACAGCGAAAGCGAGGUUGGGGAUGUAGAAUCUCCAGAGCACGACCCUCACUAUGAGCCAAUCGUCUCACUGCCGCUUGUGGACAUUGUGACAAAUGAAGAAGACGAGGAGGAACUGGUUAAAAUCCGAGCCCGGCUCUACAGAUACGAUACUGGAGAUCACGAGUGGAAGGAACGUGGUACUGGUGACAUAAAACUACUUCGCCACCGAAUAAACAAUACUGUGCGUGUAGUAAUGAGGCGUGACAAAACUCUGAAAGUGUGCGCUAACCACUUUAUCACACCCGACAUCCGGAUGAACGUCCACUGCGGCUCCGACAAGGCCUUCAAUUGGUCUGUCUUUGCAGACUAUGCAGAUGAGACAUGCAAACAGGAGUUGCUUGCUAUUAAAUUUGGCAAUCCUCAGAAUGCUGAAUUAUGGAAAACAAAGUUUGCAGAAGCUCAAGAGAUUGUGAGAACAAAAUGUAGUCUUUACACACAAGAUCAAUCAUCAGAUGAUGAGAGCAGCAUCACCAGGAGCGAAGACACGGAUACCCCAGAACCAAAGGUCUCUGACAAGUCUCCAGACAGAGCAGAUUGUGAUAGGCCCGAGGAAACUGAUGAUGGAGUUGUCCUGAAAUUGAAAGAACUUAAAGUGGAGAGUGAAAAAUCUGAGUGAAUAUAAUGCAAAUUUGAUUCAACAAGGUCUUGAUGACUUUGAGUGUGCUUGAUUUGGGGACAUUGAUUUCUUUCUUAUGGAACAUAUUUGCAAUUAAAGGUUCUUUUAUCUAUUAGUCUUUGGUUAGCAUAAUGUGAACAUUCUUUCCUGAUUUUCUAAAUAAUUUCAUUAACCAAAAUCAUCAUAAUCCUAUUUGGCAUACUCUGUAGUGACAGAAUAGCAUGGAAAUCUCUUCUGUUUUCUCCACCCUUCAUCUUACUUACUUGUACCAACCAUGAAAUAUGGUCCAUUAAAGAUCAAUUACUCUUGUCAAUGUUAAUUGUAUAUAAAGAUUGUCAUAAGAGACCAUCUGUAAUAUGUAGGUAGGGUAUAACUAAUGCACACUAGCUAUAAGUUAAAUGUCUU